CCCGCCACAAAAAUGGUGCGCCACCGGAGAUCAUCUGAGACGUCGCCAGCGGCGGAGCUCCGAUCAAAGCUCCGAAGAGUCGUACGCGGCCAGGAACAAAUGAAGACUGCUUUCCACCAGCUGAAAUCUCAGAUCCAAAUCGGCCUUCUCCAAGCGGAAGACGUCUUCGCGUCUCUAUCAAUUCCGCUGAUGAAGCUCGUCGGGCUCAAGACGGUGGAGAUGGCGACGGAGGGCCGAUUCACCUCCUUCAUCAUCCAAACCGACUCCGAUCUCACUUCUCAGUAUCAGAAUUUCGGAGCGGGAUCCGGACCCUCGGGUCGGUCAGAUCAGAGUCGCCAGUGUGCGAAUAUAGAGAUCUACGCCGCCAAAGCUGCGGCGGCCGGCGACUCGGUGAUCGAGAAGCAAAAAGAUCAACUGAUUCAGCUCGUCCGGAUUCUGAAGCAAGUCGAGUCCCAAGUGAACAAUGGCCAGAGCCGCAUGGUCCAAACCCUAGCCAAUCGCCGCCACUCUCUUCGCAGAAAUUUCCAGAGAGCUAUCGCCUAUUUAUCCACCGUUGACCACCAGGGGUUCCGGGUGGCGGUGCUGAACCUCCUCCGGGAGAUUUUCAACGAAGUGAGCGCGGUGUUGGCGUCGGUGGAGGCUGACGUGGAGGGCCUGGUGGAGAUUUUGGCUGAGAAAAUGUGUGAGCCAAUGGUGGAGUAUGUGGAGGGGGUUAAGGCUGAUUUGAGGAAUGGGACUUGUUUGGGGUUAGUGGGAUUGGUGAAGGAGAUGGCGAGGGCGGAGUUGGAGGCGGCGAGGAAUAAGGCCAAUGUGGCAGAAGAGAGCAGAGCUGAGGCUAUGAGGAGGCUCAGGGAAUCAGAAGAGUAUGUGAGGAGGUUGAAGGAAUGCUUCAAGUUGUUGCCAGAGCCUAGUAAAGCAUCCACCAAAGUAAACAAAGCCUUUGCUUCACACAAGAUUUUAGGCAUGGAGAAAGAUCAAGCCAAUGAUGUGAAGCUGUUAUGGGAGCUAUUGGAAAAGAAGAGAAAGUAUCAAAUUCCAGAGAGUCCACUUGGACCCGGAGAACUUCUCCCCCUUCAUCAGUCCAAUAACAAGCGCCAAAAGGCAAUACAUGUAAAGCCACCAGUGAGUAGCAGUGCUUAUUCUCAGCGUUCAAGAACCCCGGGUUUGUUGGCUGCUCGGAUUAGGGGUGGACACGGAAAAUCAAGAGGACAGAAGGUUAGAUCAAUUUUCUACAAGGUUAAUCCUUCAGAUGUAAGACACCAGAGAGGUGCUUUCGGUAACGCAUUUGAUAAGCUUGGUCAAUGCAAUUACAAGAAUAGCAUGGACAAAUGGAAGACAGCUCUCAAGGAAGCAGCAGAUUUGUCUGGAUGGCCUUUCAAGGAUGGCGAAUACGAGGCUGAUUUUAUCAAGAAGAUUAUUGGGGAGUUGUGCACCCAAGUAGUGAAGCCUUCAUGUGAAUUGCAUGUUUCUGAACAUCUCAUCGGAUUAGAGUCUUGCAGACGAGAUGUCUACAGACUUCUACAUGCCGAGGAAGAUAAUGUACGUAUGGGGGCCUGGUGGAAUAGGUAA